AUGGACGCCAGCCACAACUUCAGCUUGGCCACCGGCUGCUUCUCGUGGCCGCCACUGCAGCGGUCGUCGUCGUCCUACACCUGCGGCUACUGCAGGCGGGAGUUCUGGUCGGCGCAGGCGCUGGGAGGUCACAUGAACGUCCACCGGAGGGACAGGGCCCGGCUCAGGCAGUGCUGCUCCGCCUCCGCGUACACUUCCUCUCUUCGUCCUCUCCCUAACCUCAACUUCUCGCCGACGACGUCCGAGCCGGUGGUCUACAGGUUCUUCUCGGCGACGACGUCGGCCACUGCUGCCGCGACGAAGGCCGCCUUUGAGGUGAAUUUGGAGCUGGGGAUCGGAGUAUGCAGCGGCGGUGGUGACAUUGAGGAGGACGGGUUGGAUCUUGAGCUCAGGCUCGGAUGCGCUUGGGAGUGA